AUGAGGGCGACGCCAAAAGCUAGGCUUGAAGCUUUGAAGACGAGAUACGUCUCGACUCCAGAUAACCAACAGCUCGGAGAUGCAGCAAGUUCUGGGAAAGAAGACGUCAUGAAUCUAAUUCUCUCUCAUCUCCCUGACCUCGUGACCCAGAAAAACUCCUCGGAGGAUACUCCACUCCAUGUGGCCAUUCGAGAUGAAAGGUUAAAUGCGACCAGAAUGCUGAUUCCCCUGAGAACAGACUUGGACAUUAUGUACUGGAAGAACAAGGAUGGUAAAUCCCGAGUGUUUUUGGCAGCCGAAACCGAGCACUGGGAGAUUCUUCAGCUUCUCUUGUUAGCCUCCGCUCGAGAUGAAGCUUACGCAGUUAAUACACAGGGCAUGUCACCAGUUUUGGCUGCACUUGAGAAGGGGAAAUCGGGAGAAAACUUGAUAAUAGCUGUUGGUCAAAAGGGCGACGCCACUGCACCUGCUACAUCAGUUGGAAAUGUUGAGGCAGUACAGCUCCUGCUGAGCAAGUGCAGUUAUCUCGCCCUUCAAACUGACAAAAACGGUUACUACUUGAUCCACAUCGCUUGCGAAGGUGGUAGCAUUGACAUAAUCCACGAGUUAAUGAAAAUGUGGCCCGACGUGGCAGAGAUGAAAAACAGAAAGGGUCAGAAGAACAAUGCGGUCCACCACAUACUCAAGGAAUGCAGCGAGCCCGUCAUCAAGAAGCUGGUCAAUUCGAAAGAUGUCGAUGGAAACACACCACUUCAUUUGGCAUCGAUGAACAACCAUUGCCAAGUCAUGCUCUCUUUGGUGAGGAACAAAAGAAGUGACGUCAAGCUUCUGAACAAUAACAAAAUGACCGCCCUGGAUGUGGCCCUGAAUCCCCAAAGCUGGUCAUCGCAUAAGUCACCGUUACUAGCACGUGCAAUUUUAGUUAAAGCUGGUGCAUGGCAAAAGGAAGGUGCAAACGUUCUGUUACCAAGAAAAAGUUCUGGAGCAAGCAAGUCACCUCGUGCCGAAUGGAUCAAGGACCAGGUUGACACUCUAUUGCUCGUGGCCACACUGGUGGCCACAGUCACGCUCACUGCCGGCUUCACCUUGCCAGGAGGAUAUAAUGAUUCCAGUGAUCGACACCCAGGAACGGCAACCAUGCUGCACGACCGAGUGUUUCAGGUUUUCGUAAUUUCCGACAUGUAA